CACUUUUCUAUAAAAACCAAACACUUCUCAACCUUCUCAAAUCCUCUGUUUCAUUCUUAAAAUAAAAAACCCAAAACACAAAAAUGUCUGGUUGCCGGAAAAUCCUUCACAUUGUCAAGCUCCGGCAGAUGCUCCGGCAAUGGCGUCAGAAGGCGGCGACGGCCACCCUAAACCGUCUCCCCUCCGACGUACCGGCCGGACACGUGGCUGUAUGUGUGGGAACCACCCUUCGCCGGUUCAUUAUUCCUACAUCUUACUUGAACCACCCGGUUUUCAGGACACUUCUAGUUCUAGCCGAGGAAGAAUACGGUUUUACCAAUUCCGGUCCAUUAAUGAUCCCUUGUGAGGAAGAACUAUUCGAGGAGAUCUUAAAUCAGUUGAACCGGUCCGAUUCCGGUUCAUCCCGGUUUGGAAAUCUGAAAUUUUUUCAAAGGAAAUGUCAUGUGGGUUUCUUAAGCAACGUUGAUUUAUGGCUGGAAUCUCGGGCGUUACUCCAUAGCUGCGAUGAUAAGUCGUUUUGGUGACAAUCUGCCUUUGGACCGGAUUUGGACCGGAUUGGACCGGGUUCGCUCAUUCAUUGACUUUUAUCAAAAUGGGUAUUUGUUUUUUAUUUUUAUUUUUUACCCCAUUGUAAAAUUUGGUAAAAAAAAAAAAGUGGGGUAACUUAUAAUAAUAGUCCGGAGAAUGCAAGUGGAGAUGGCAAGAACCGAGUCGUCCCGGUCCGGACCGGACCGAGUUGGAAUCAACAUAAUAUAUAUAUAUAAGAUUUUAU